AUGCCCAAGAUCAAACGGUCGGACACAACUGUUUCAUCAGCAUCGGGAAAGAAUCCUGCCCCACGGAAAUCAAAGCUAGAGCCGAAGAUCCAAAGCAAGUCGAUUCUGAAACCAAGUCCCUCUGAUGCCACUAUGCACUACAGUCCCGAGAAAGCUGAUGAAACACUUGUGCCAGAACCCAAACGUACAGCUGCCAAGACACGGGCCAAGCCUAAGCGGAAAGGUCAGAAGAACCCACCAGAAAAUUCCCCACCAGCCAAGACAGAAGAUGCAGAAGGACAUACGGCCCAGGCUGUGCAAGACGCUCUUGCCAGGAAAGCCACUGCUGAGUUGCCUGCAACACCGGCAUCAUCGGGUAAGAGUAAGACUGGUAGCACGGUGGAGAAAAGUCCCAAGAAGAAGAAGAGCACGGUGGAGAAGAGUCCCAAGAAGAAGAGCACAGUGGAGAAGAGUCCCAAGAAGAAGAAGAGUCCUAAGAAGAGUAGUCCAAAAAAGAAGGGUAGUCCAACAAAGAGUGGCGCCACGUCGACCCCACCAGCACCAGCUCCCAAGAAAGCAGCACCGACGAGUUCUGAUUCAAGUGACAGUGAGGAGGAUGCUGAGGAUGAGGAUGAGGGUUCUGACACUGAACUCCCGCUGGCGCAGCUCCGUGCCAAGAAGGCAGCGCAUGCCAGGUACAUGCGCUUUAGCAGAAGUCUGAAGAGCAGACGUGCACCACUGGAGAUUCGGAAAGCUGGUCGUUCAGCGAAGCACUGCAGGGCCAAGCUUGGCAUCCUGUAUGAGCAGUGGAUUCAGUGCGAAGGGCACUGGACGGAGUCCAGUCUGACCAAAGAGCUCCGUGUCAGCAACCGGCACCGCAAGAGGGGUGCAAGGAAGUGGCUCACACUGGGUGAGUUGGAGCAGAAGUAUGGAAGUGCCCGAAUAGCUCAGCGCAUCAAAGAAGCAAAGGAAAACGACAAGGAGCUAAGGAAAAGUCAAAUCCGUGCCAAUCCAGAUUGUCCGGACGCCCCGGAGGCAACCCAGUACUUGGUCUGGGAUAUCGAUGCUGAAGAGGACACGGAAGACACCACUGCAUCCACCCUUUUGAGCGCUGUGGAUGCCGAUGAUGAUGGGUUCAAGAGAGGGAAAGGCUCCAAACGCAGAGGGAAGAAACCCAAGAACAAGAAAAAGAAAGCCAACAAGGGUAAGAAGAAUAAGGAAGAAAGUGAAACGCCAGAAGAGAAGGCAAAGCGUGAACAGAAGGAGUUGGAGACAAAAGCGAAGCAAGAGAAGAAAAAAAUCCAAGCAGCGAACAAGGCUGUGGCAGUGGUGUCGAAGAUCCAAAGUGCCUUGGCCAAGGCUUCCUUGGUGCAGGUGAAGGCCGAUUCCAUGCCACGGCCUCAGUCGAGUGCAUUGAAAAAUGCUUUCCUUGGCGAGUUGGGACCCCAUAAGAAGGAAAUGUCGGCUAAGCGGGAGCAGUUGCUGAAAGCGGUCGACGCUGCCAAGGGUGGUGGCGAUGUCGACCAGUUGCUGCAGCCUGAACGUGAUGCUGAGGAUCUGGCUUCAAUGUUUUUUUCUGCAACUGAUUAUUGUUUGGAGUUCGGUCUAGUUAGAAUAGAUGAUGUCGAAGUACCUGGCAAUUUCGUGCUUCAGAACGAGAUUGACGAUGUCAGCUCCGGAGAAAGUGGCCUAUCAACUGACCCUUUGACUUAUCGGUUGGGUAAGUUGAAAGCUGGAAAUGAAAACCGCGAUUUCUGGAGCGCGACUGAGAUCCCAGUGGACUUGGAAUUUGUUUCGGUUCCAGUGCUCGACGAAAAGUCUCCUGCUGGAUAUCAGGUUGUACGGCAACCAGUUCUAUUGCCUCACCGCAUCAUGGCUUAUCUCUGUAACCAUUGUGAAUUGGACAUUCCGGAGUCAGCCAUUCACCAAUAUUGGGACAACGCCAUUGCUUCAAAAGAAACAUAUGCAAGUCUGGAUUCAAGGCACAGAGUGCCUUUGGGUUUCUAUGGAGAUGCAGCCCAACUUGUGACAAAAUGUCGAAUCGAAAAGAUGCUGUGUUUUUUUGCAAACAUCGUGAUUUUCAGGCCAAGGAGUAUCCGGUACAGCCGAUUCCUGCUAUGGUCUUGUGACGUGUCCCUCCUUUACAAAAACCGGACUGUCAAUUCCAUUCUGAGAUGGGUGGUUUGGUCGUUCAACAUUCUUUAUGAAGGAAUUUACCCAAGUGCUCGUCCUGGUGGUCUACCAUUAGCCUCCAAAGCUGAACGUGAUUUGGCUGGUACCUGGUUGACCCGUCAAAAAUAUCAAUUUCAAGUUGUGGAGGUUCGAGGAGACUGGGAGUUUCACAAAAUGCUCUGGCAGUUCAAGAGCAGCUGGAAGGGCGGGGUCAAUGUCGGGAUUUGCUUCCGUUGUCCAGCAAUGGCACGAUCUCCCGAUGUUGGCUUGCAAUACUGGAACAUGGAUGACGAAGACAGCACAUGGGCCCGAGAAGAGUUCAAUACACACGAAUUCAUUUCCAAAAUGGUUCCCGGAGUCAAUAUUUGCCCACUACUGAACCUGAAGAAGUUCGACCUCUCAUGCAUCAAAUGGUGUAUGAUGCAUGUGAUCAACCUUGGCAUUUUGAUGUCCCUCAACGGGGGGGCCUUGACUAUGUUGACCGAGCAAAUGGAGUACUGGGGGCCGGGGACCUUUCAGCAACAACUCGACUCUGCCUACGCAGACUUCAUAUCUUUCUGUCGGGCACGGAAGCUGCAUCAUUCCCAGCCACCCUUCAAAGAGAACAAGGUAAAACCCACUUGGACAGGGACACCCGAGAUCUCGCUCAACGCAAAGGCUUGGAACGGACGAAUCAUUUGCAGCUGGCUGGCGGAGACCAUGAAUCAUGCUGCGCAUGGGUAUGAUGUUGGGUAUGAUGAUGGGCGGCUGACAUUGGUUUGUUAUGCCCUGAAGUGCAUGGCUAGGUUUUUCUGGCUUUGCGAAGCAAACCCACGAGAACUGUGCCUUGUACGUACUGUAUGA